UCCACAUUGCAGUUCCUCGUGCUUCACACUGUCCACCAUGCCAACCUUACCUGAAGACAAGGGACAAUCAAAAGAGGCACAACACAACAGUUCUCCUCCGGCCAAAGACACUACUGUUGAAGGGACAACAUGCAGUACACCUUCUAUUGUUCUUCCAGAGAAUGCUGUUACGCCAGAUGUAGAAAUUGAUAAAAAUCUGGUUAACAGGCCUCGUAGUCCUCAUAGGAGACAUUCUAACCGUACCACUAGGAAUUCAACAAAUUCAUUGACUUCUGUUGACAACAGUGGUCAUGUGAUUGAUCUGGUAAAUGAUCAGCUACCAGAUGUCAAAAUAUCAGAGGAAGACAAAAAGAAGAACCUUGAAUUACUAGAAGAGGCAAAGAAAGUAAGCGAGAGGUUUCUAAUGCGCAGAGGGAGAAAGUCAAGAAGCAGCCUCCCGGAGUCGCCAACAGCAGUUUCCCCAACACUUAGUCCUAAAGUUUCACCAGUAGCAUCUCGGAGCAACUCUCUCACUCUUCCAGUUCCAUCAGGAUCUGAUGUAUGCACAACCACUGGUGUCGAGUCAGUAUCUCCAGGGCAGAAUAACAGAACUGUGAAAGAGGAUGACAGGCAAACUGCAGAGAAUGCUGCAAAAGGAUUAAAUGAUCGAAGGCAGAAUGAUCAAAGAAAGAUUUCUCAGGGAAGAUUGGUUCCUCGUUCUGCUGGUUUUGAAAACUCCAAAGAGAAGCUCUCAGAACAAAAAGAAAACUUUGAUCCACGUAAACAUAUGGAUACUUUACCUAAAUGCUCCGCUUCAGGUGGUGAUGGUGGCAGAACAUCUCUUAACACUUGCAUGAAUGUUUGUGAAAAUGAACUUGGAAAAUCAUUCCUGAAGAAAGCAAAUGAUGUUCCUUUAAGAACUCAUCUACCAGGACCAGGAAUAGGAAAUAUAGACUCAAAGCUAAAAAUUCCUGUUCCAGAAAUGAGGGACCAUAAAGUUUCAUGUAAACCAGAAUUUAAACUCUGUGGACUGCGUCCUCCUCUACUACGGGCUGUAUCAUGGGACAGCUUGGAGCCUGGACAGAAAGACAGAACACCUUUAAAAUUACCAUCUGAGGAAGAUAAAAGCUUUGUUGUUGGUAAUAAAUCCAGCAAUCAAUUAAAAGCAUUCAAAGACCUUCAAAUCCAAGUUCAACCGGUUCGAAUGCAGAAAUUGACAAAGCUCAGAGAGGAGCAUAUUUUGAUGAGAAAUCAAAAUUUAGUUGGACUUAAACUUCCUGAACUUAGUGAAGCAGCUGAACAGGAAAAAGGCCCUUCGCCUCUCCCCUCUCCCACUGAAGAGGAAGAGACAAAGAACAGCUCUGAUGUCAUGCCCAGCAUUCCUGAUGUAUUGCUGCGAAAACUACGAGUGCACAAAUCACUUCCGGGAAGCUCCCCUCCACUUACUGAAAAAGAAGUUGAGAAUGUAUUUGUACAACUUUCCUUGGCCUUUAGAAAUGAUAGUUAUACGUUGGAAUCUAGAAUUAACCAAGCAGAGAGAGAAAGAAAUCUUACUGAAGAGAAUGCUGAGAAGGAACUGGAAAAUUUUAAAGCAGCCAUUACGUCUUCAGCUCACUUAUGGCAUCACUAUGAACACAGAGAAGCUUACCAGAAGCUCUUGGAGGAUAUUGCUGUUCUGCGGCGCUUAGCUGCUAGACUAUCUAGUCGUGCUGAGAUGGUUGGAGCCGUUCGCCAGGAGAAGCGUAUGUCAAAGGCAACAGAAGUAAUGAUGCAGUAUGUGGAAAAUUUGAAAAGAACAUACGAAAAGGAUCAUGCGGAACUAAUGGAGUUCAAGAAACUUGCCAAUCAGAAUUCUAGCAGAAGCUAUGGUGCAUCUGAAGAUGGAGUACCUCGCUCAUCUAGAUCCAUGUCUCUUACUGUUGGAAAGAAUAUGCCUCGGAGGAGAGUCAGUGUUGCUGUUGUUCCUAAAUUUAACUCCUUAAAUAUUCCUGGUCAGUCACCAACAGCUUCACCCAUACCUUCAAUGCCUUCCCUGUCUGAAUCACCUAGUAAUGGAAAGAGCAAUCUAACAUCUACUCCUGUUCUGCCAGCACUUUUAGAAAAUGGUAAGACUGAGCCUGACUGUGAAACCUCUACUUCUGUGCUGACACAGAGCGGGUUGGAAGAAAUCAGUCCUGAAACUAAGGCCAAGAUAGAAGAGGAAGCAUAUAACAAAGGCUAUCAGGAAGGCUUGAAGAAAACCAAAGAACUUCAGGAACUGAAGGAAGAAGAUGAAGAGACACCAAAAGAAAGUCAUGAUGAACAUGAAGAAAGUGAAAAUGAAGAUGAGAUAAAAAACCUGAAAAGCAGCAGACUUGAAGUCAUCAUUAAUUAUUUACAUAUACUGUACCCCAAACUGUGUAAACACUGGAAUGUGGUAUGGCUUGUAGUGGCUGCGAUAAUCAUUUUUGCUGUGGUGUUGGGAAUCUACCAUUCAUACAACUCCUGUGAUGAAAAAUCAGAGGGACCUGAAGGGAAGGCCAGCUGUUCGGCUGCCCAUCAAUAUUCCUGGUGGAACUCAGGAUUUCAACAUGAGCAACGCACUGAAUAA